CGCCUCGGGCUGUCUCUUCUCUACUGGACUGAAACUGAAACACUUUCUCACUCUCUCUCUCUCUCUCUCUCUCUCUCUUCUGAGCUCGCUCGCUUCCACGGAUCGAGAGUUGUGCAAAUUCGCAUCCUAGGGUUUCUCAUUUCUCAAGUUUGAUACCCAUGGCGAGUCUGUGAGCGCAAUGGCGGCAAGCUCCGCAGUCUCUCUUCUAGACAUCAAACUCGGACGAUUCGGGGUUGGAACAAGAAGUAAUCAUGGAUUGCGCCUAACGAAGUGGAAAAGGAAACUACUAUGGUUCGAUGGUGAUCAAACCGGAGCUCCGAUUCGAAGAUUUAGCUGCGUUGCAGAUAUGCUCGCACCGAUUCGUCGCUCUGGGGGCUGCGAGAAGUCUGAGGAACGGCGUUUCGAUCAGAAGACGAGUGCCCACGGUGCCGGUAUCAAAACUUCUUCAUCUGCUGUGCCAUUUGCCUCGCCAAAAUCUCGAUUUUUGUCAAAGCAAGAAAAGUACUACCCUCGUUGUACUCCAAGGCUUACUGGCCCUCAGUCCCGUGAUACUCCUCCUAAAAGAGACACCGGGAUUGCUAAUGAAAAGGAUUGGGGGAUCGAUUUGUUGAAUGAGAAUGUCAAUGAGUCUGGCACUAAUGAAGAUGGAAGUAGUUGGUUUAGAGAAAGUGGACAGGACCUGGGAGAUAAUGGGUACAGAUGUAGAUGGACAAGGAUGGGUGGUCAAUCUCAUGAUGGCUCUUCUGAGUGGACCGAAACGUGGUGGGAGAAAAGUGACUGGACUGGAUACAAAGAAUUAGGUGUGGAGAAAUCUGGUAAAAUUGCUGAGGGGGACUCUUGGUGGGAAACUUGGCAAGAAGUGCUUCAUCAAGAUGAGUGGAGUAAUCUAGCGAGGAUAGAAAGGAGUGCACAAAAGCAAGCAAAAUCAGGAACCGAAAAUGCUGGUUGGUACGAGAAAUGGUGGGAGAAGUACGAUGCUAAAGGGUGGACAGAGAAAGGAGCACAUAAAUAUGGUAGACUAAAUGAGCAGUCAUGGUGGGAAAAGUGGGGAGAACAUUAUGAUGGAAGAGGAUCUGUACUCAAAUGGACUGACAAAUGGGCUGAGACAGAGUUGGGAACCAAAUGGGGUGACAAGUGGGAAGAGAAAUUUUUCAGUGGGAUAGGUUCACGUCAGGGAGAGACAUGGCAUGUAUCACCUAACAGCGACCGUUGGUCAAGAACGUGGGGAGAGGAACACUUUGGAAACGGAAAAGUUCAUAAGUACGGAAAGAGUACAACGGGAGAAAGCUGGGACAUAGUGGUGGAUGAAGAAACAUACUAUGAGGCUGAGCCACAUUAUGGGUGGGCAGAUGUCGUAGGUGAUUCAACACAGUUGCUCUCGAUCCAACCCCGAGAGAGACCUCCAGGUGUCUACCCGAACCUCGAGUUUGGGCCAUCUCCGCCUCCUGAGUCCGACCAACCCCCUGAUAAACCACUAUGACAUCGCAUCUGUUUGUUUAGCUUAUUAGCAUAAUAGCCUUUUUGUCGUCAUUUUUCGAUAAAUUUAGAAUGUUGUGAAUUAUGAGAUGAUUCUAAUCCAUUUUAUCCAACGUCCAUAACUGAAUCUCU